UGCAAAAUGUCGCAUCCUUCUGCCAAGUUUAAAAAGGAUAAAGAGAUCAUCACAGAGUACGAGAGUCAAGUGAAAGAGAUUCGAGUUCAGCUGGUUGAACAGCAGAAAUGUUUGGAGCAGCAGACGGAGAUGAGGGUUCAGCUCCUGCAGGACCUCCAGGAUUUCUUUCGCAAGAAGGCAGAGAUUGAGAUGGAGUAUUCUCGUAACCUUGAGAAGCUGGCUGAGCGCUUCAUGGCAAAGACCAGAAGCACAAAGGAUCACCAGCAAUACAAGAAAGACCAGAACCUCCUUUCUCCAGUGAACUGCUGGUAUUUAUUGUUGAACCAGGUACGACGGGAGAGCAAAGACCACGCCACGCUGAGUGAUAUCUACCUGAACAACGUCAUCAUGCGCUUUAUGCAGAUCAGCGAGGACUCCACACGCCUGAUGAAAAAGAGUAAAGAAAUCGCCUUUCAGUUGCAGGAGGAUCUGAUGAAAGUCCUCAACGAGCUCUACACUGUGAUGAAAACCUACCACAUGUACCACACGGAGAGCAUCAGCGCCGAGAGCAAGCUGAAAGAGUUCGAGAAGCAGGAGGAGAGGCACAUCGGCCGCACUGGAGAUCCGGUCUUUCACAUCCGUCUGGAGGACAAGAACCCCAGACGCGGCUCUGUUAAAAAGAUUGAGAAGAUGAAGGAGAAGAGACAAGCCAAGUACUCUGAGAACAAGCUGAAAUCGAUCAAAGCCCGGAAUGAGUACUUACUCACUCUGGAAGCCACGAAUUCCUCAGUCUUUAAAUAUUACAUCCAUGACCUGUCAGACCUAAUAGAUUGCUGUGAUCUAGGCUAUCAUGCUUCUUUAAACCGGGCUCUGCGCACCUACCUCUCGGCUGAGUAUAACCUGGAGACGUCCCGUCAUGAGGGGCUGGACAUCAUUGAGAAUGCUGUGGACAGUCUGGACCCUCGCAGUGACCGUCAGCGCUUCAUGGAGAUGUACCCAAACGCUUUCUGUCCUCCAGUUAAAUUUGAGUUCCAGCCACAUAUGGGAGACGAGGUGUGUCAGAUCACAGCGCAGGCCCCUGUCCAGGCCGAGCUCAUCGUUAGGUUCCAGCAGCUGCAGUCACGUCUGGCGACACUGAAGAUUGAGAAUGAGGAGAUUAAGAAAACCUCAGAGGCCACUUUGACCACCAUCCAGGACAUGGUUACUAUCGAUGACUAUGACGUCUCUGAGUGUUUUCACCACAGUCGCUCCACAGAGUCCGUCAAGUCCACUGUGUCUGAGACGUAUCUCAGCAAGCCCAGCAUUGCCAAGAGACGAGCCAACCAACAGGAGACUGAGCAGUUCUAUUUUAUGAAAUUCCGGGAGUUUCUGGAGGGAAGCAAUCUUAUUGCAAAGCUCCAGGCUAAGCAUGACCUGCUGAAGAGAGCGCUGGGAGAAGGUCACAGAGCAGAGUACAUGACCACAAGACGGCGGAACUCUCACACCAGACAUCAGGACUCUGGACACGCAAUUCCACGACUGGUUGAGAGCUGCAUUCGCUUCAUCAAUCUUUAUGGUCUUCAGCAUCAAGGCAUAUUCCGUGUAUCUGGCUCUCAAGUAGAAGUCAACGACAUUAAAAAUUCAUUUGAGAGAGGUAACGACCCUCUGACAGAUGAAGAGAAUAACCACGACAUUAACUCAGUCGCAGGAGUUCUUAAACUCUACUUCCGGGGUCUGGAAAACCCUCUGUUUCCAAACGAGAGGUUUAAUGAUCUCAUCUCCUGUAUCAGAAUAGAUAACCUGUACGAAAGAGCCCUGUACAUUCGGAAGAUCCUCCUGACCGUCCCCAGAUCUGUGCUCAUAGUCAUGCGCUACCUGUUUGCUUUCCUCAACCAUCUCUCUCAGUACAAUGAUGAGAACAUGAUGGACCCCUACAACCUGGCCAUCUGCUUUGGCCCCACCCUCAUGCCCACCCCAGAGACUCAGGACCAGGUUUCCUGCCAGGCCCAUGUCAACGAGGUUAUCAAGACCAUCAUCAUCCACCAUGAAACCAUCUUUCCUGAUGCCAAGGAGCUGGAGGGACCUGUGUAUGAGAAAUGCAUGGCUGGGGGAGAUUACUGUGAGAGUCCUUUUAGUGAGCAUGGAGUCCUUGAAGAAGUGGAUCACGAUGGAGGAGCAGACACACACACCAGUGAGGAUGAGGGCGAGCCAAUUGAGGCAAUUGCUAAGUUUGACUACGUUGGACGCUCUUCACGUGAGCUGUCCUUCAAGAAAGGGGCGUCGCUGCUGCUGUAUCAGCGUGCCUCUGAAGACUGGUGGGAGGGAAGACACAAUGGAAUCGAUGGUCUGGUGCCUCACCAGUACAUUGUAGUGCAAGACAUGGACGACACAUUUUCAGACACUCUGAGUCAGAAGGCUGACAGCGAAGCGGGCAGUGAGCAUGGAGGAGACGACAAAUUCUCUGGCAGAGAUCUGGCUUCUCCUACAGACCGAGUUCCUGAAGCUUACAGCAGCAGCCGUCACAGAAAGAGAAGUGACCCCCCUAACCGCAAACCUCCAGCACGGCCCAGUGAUGUGCACUGCAUGGUCCAUCCAUCCCAAAUCCACGGAAACCAUGGGCAUCAUGGAAAUUCAGCCACAGGCUCACCCGUGCUCGGUCACUACAGCCCUCGUGAGGUGGUGAGAAGCCGGGGUCCCAUGGUCAUAGACAGUCCAGAGAGACGCAGGCGGACUGGACACGGCAGCCUCAGUGGACACAGCAGCCUCACCAACAUUAGCCGACACGAGUCGCUGAAGAAGAUGGAAAGUCCCCCGUUACGCAGGUCCACCUCCUCAGGCCAGUACAUGGCCAAGGGUCUGGACCCGGAAAGCAUCGCACAGGACAUAGAGGAGACGAUGAACACUGCUUUGAACGAGCUGCGUGAGUUGGAGCGACAGAGCUCUGCUAAACACGCACCUGACGUGGUGCUGGAUACACUCGAGCAGAUGAAGAGCGCGGGCGGCUCCAGCGAGUCCCUGAAUCGACUGCCGCUCCGUCGCAGCACCAGCUCUUCCAACGACGCCACGAGCACCUUUAAACCCGCCGUGGCCCCACGGAUGGGUGUGCAGCUCAAACCACCAGCCCUCCGUCCCAAGCCGAUGGUGAUGGUACCCAAAUCCGGGACAGCUCAGGCUUCAUCACCGCCAUCACAGGAUCCACUCGACAAGUCCUGCACCAUGUGAGCAAUGCUGUGAAUUCAAAACGCGGUGCUUUUUAGUUGAGUUUGUUUUGGUUACAUAAUUUUCUGGAUGACAUCUCACGUAUUCUACAAGAGGACUGGACUAAACCGAGAAUAAAAACUCGACUGAUAAUGGAGACUUGGAAUCUUGCAGGGAAAAGAAUGUUUACAUAGUCUUGUGCAAAAUGUUUGACACCCCUGGUUAAAUGUAAUGUUUUGUUGAUUUAUGAGGUGAAAGUAAAUUAACAUACUAUCUACAUGGCACACGAUUGCACUUUUUAAUGAGGGGGAGCUUAAAAUGUGGCAUGUGCAAAUAUUUUAAGUAAUACUAGUAUAAAAUAUAUUUUUCAGCAAAUACUGCUCCCAUAUUUACGGGUUGUCACAAUGGAUCUGGUCUGCAUAUCCGACUUGGCACAGUUUUUAUGCUGGAUGCUCUUCUUGACGCAACCCUCCUAGUUUAGGAGUGGCUGGCUGUUACAGCCACACCCCAUGAGACAGGAUAGCCGUUAGCACAGCUGGGAUCUGAACCCUGGAUCUCCGGAUCUCGGCGGUUGUAGGCUAGCAUACUUCACUGCUGUAACACCUCUGUGCUCAGAAAUCACAUUUGUCUUAUUUCAGUUUUCCUGUCAAGAUUAUUUAAAUGCAUUUUCACUUUGACCAGCAAAAUACAUGACAUUUGAGCAGGGGUGUCCAAACCAUUGCUUAAGACUACACACUUUUAUCCAUGUACUAAUAAUUUCACAGGUCAGUAACACAGGUCACAAUAAUAAACUGUAACAAUCCCAGCAGUGCUUGGGCAUGACAAAAAAAAAAAAAAACUGUUUAUGAUAGUUUAACGUUCACCUGCUUUGAGUCUUUUGUUGAGAUUUAAACUAUGUACUAUAUGUAGUCACAUUUUCAUGUACAUAGAGAUAAGUUAGAUUCCUCUGUAACUUUCACUAGAGCCCUAUUCGAACAGGAUUUG